CCUGUCUCGAAGAACUAAAAAAAACCAAAACAACAACAACAACAACAAAAAAAACUAAACCUGAGACAGAGUGGAGUUGUUUUGCCCAAAGUCACAGCUAAGAAGUACCAGGGCCAGGAUAAGCAGCCUAGUUAGAACAUGUAGGUAUACUUGCUAGGGAGUCCAGUAAGAAGACAUCCAGCUAGACAUCCAAAGGAGGGCACACACAUGGUGACAACUGGAGACUCAGACCUACCUGUGGUUCUGUGUUCAAACCCCUCCUAGUUUUUCUGAGCUUCAGUUGGGGAAACGGGGGACAGUUUGACCAACCAGAUGCACCUCUGAUAACUCCCUUAACCUUGGCUUCAAGAGGGAGCUUCCUGAAAACUGUGGUGUACUUGUGUGGAGUCCAAAUAUGGAUACUGGAUCUCUUCAGUCACUCGCUACCAUAUUACAUUCAGGGAUCCUUGACUGUAACCCGCCGGCCUCCAGGGCUUUGCGUGUCUCUACAGCCUACACUGCCCGAAUCCCCUACGCCUAGCUUGUCAGGCGCCCCCAAGAUGGCGCCUCCAGCUUCGUCCCGCCUCCCGACGUCAUCGCGCCCUCUCCGCUCAGCGCUCCCCUUUCGAGCUAUCAAAGGCGGAAUCCGAGAAGAGGUGGAAGAGGAAGAACCUCCAGGGAGGAUUAAAGAGGCGGGUAGUAUCCACCUGGAGGCCGACCAGCGAGGGAACAUUGCUAAAGGAUUGGCUGGGCGCUGCGCGAUCCCACCCCUCCGCUCUAUUGGUCGAGGCUUCAGGAAACCUGAGCAUCGAUUGGUCUAAUGACAGGGGCAGACAGCCGAUGAUUGGGCGAAUUGUGCAGUUCUUCGCAGCGGCCCAGGCGGAAGGUGGGAGGAGCGUUGUUGAGGGCGGCCUGGGGUGAGAGCGAGGCUGCGGAGCAGGCGAGACGACGGGCGCUAGAGAGGACGCGGCGCUAGAGUGGCGGUGCAAAGGGACCUGAAGCCCGUAGCCCGGCCUGGGGCCGGCGAGACGGCCGAGGCGGCCCAGGGCCUUGCUGCUGCCAUGACUGAGGAGAGUGAAGAGACGGUCCUGUACAUUGAGCACCGCUAUGUCUGCUCUGAGUGCAACCAGCUCUAUGGAUCCUUGGAGGAGGUGCUUGUGCACCAGAACUCCCACGUGCCCCAGCAGCACUUUGAGCUGGUGGGCGUGGCUGACCCUGGAGUCACAGUGGCCACAGAGGCUGCUUCAGGCACAGGCCUAUAUCAGACCCUCAUCCAAGAGAGCCAGUACCAGUGUCUUGAGUGUGGGCAACUGCUCCUGUCCCCCAGCCAGCUCCUGGAGCACCAGGAGCUACACCUGAAGAUGAUGGCACCGCAGGAGGCAGUGCCAGCCAAGCCACCACCCAAGGUGCCCCCCUUGGGCUCCAGCGCCAUCCACUAUGAGUGUGUGGACUGUAAGGCUCUGUUCGCCAGCCAAGAGAUGUGGCUUAGCCAUCGCCAGACGCAUCUCAGAGCCACGCCCAACAAGGCUCCUGCUCCUGUCGUCUUGGGGUCCCCAGUUGUUUUGGGCCCUCCUGUGGGCCAGGCUCGAGUGGCUGUGGAACAUUCAUACCGAAAAGCAGAAGAGGGUGGGGAGGGGGCGGCCGUUCCGUCUGUGGCCGCCACCACCGAGAUGGUGACAGAAGUGGAGCUGCUCCUCUACAAGUGCUCCGAGUGCUCCCAGCUCUUCCAGAUGCCCGCUGACUUCCUGGAGCACCAGGCCACCCACUUCCCUGCUCCUGUCCCGGAGGCUGCGGAGCCUGCCACACAGCAGGAAACCCAGGUCCCCUCACCCACUGAGGCAGCAGUGUCUCAGCCCGAACCCCUGCCAGCCUCUGAUCACAGUUAUGAGCUGCGGAAUGAGCUGCGAAAUGGGGAGGCCAUUGGGCGAGACCGCAGGGGACGGAAGCCAAGGAGGAACAACAGUGGAGAGUCAGGUGGGGCGGCCACCCAGGAACUAUUUUGCUCUGCCUGUGACCAGCUCUUUCUCUCACCCCACCAGCUACAGCAGCACCUUCGGAGUCACCGGGAGGGUGUUUUUAAGUGUCCCCUGUGCAGUCGUGUCUUCCCUAGCCCUUCUAGUCUGGACCAGCACCUUGGUGACCAUAGCAGUGAGUCUCACUUCCUGUGUGUAGACUGUGGCCUAGCCUUUGGCACCGAAGCCCUCCUCCUGGCCCACCGGCGAGCCCAUACCCCGAAUCCUCUGCAUUCGUGUCCCUGUGGGAAGACCUUUGUUAACCUCACCAAGUUCCUUUAUCACCGGCGUACCCACGGAGCAGGAGGUGUCCCUUUGCCCACAACACCAGUUCCACCAGAGGAGCCUGCUAUUAGCUUUCCUGAGCCAGCCCCUGCAGAGACCGGAGAGCUAGAGGCCCCAGAGCUCCCCGUAUGUGAGGAGAGUUCAGCCGAGCCUGCAGCUCCAGGCUCUUACCGCUGCCUCCUGUGUAGCCGGGAGUUUGGUAAGGCGUUGCAGCUGACCCGGCACCAGCGUUUUGUGCACCGGCUAGAGCGGCGCCAUAAGUGCAGCAUUUGUGGCAAGAUGUUCAAGAAGAAGUCUCAUGUGCGGAACCAUCUGCGUACACACACUGGGGAGCGGCCCUUCCCCUGCCCUGACUGCUCUAAGCCUUUCAACUCACCAGCCAACCUGGCCCGCCACCGGCUCACACACACGGGGGAGCGGCCCUACCGGUGUGGGGACUGCGGCAAGGCCUUCACGCAGAGCUCCACUCUGAGGCAGCAUCGCCUGGUGCAUGCCCAGCACUUCCCCUACCGCUGCCAGGAGUGCGGAGUCCGUUUUCACCGCCCUUAUCGCCUGCUCAUGCACCGCUACCACCACACAGGCGAGUACCCCUACAAGUGCCGUGAGUGCCCCCGUUCCUUCUUGCUACGCCGGCUGCUAGAGGUCCACCAGCUUGUGAUCCAUGCUGGGCGCCAGCCCUACCGCUGCUCAUCCUGUGGGGCCGCCUUCCCCUCGUCACUGCGGCUCCGUGAGCAUCGCUGCGCGGCCGCUGCUGCCCAGGCCCCACGGCGCUUUGAGUGUGGGACCUGUGGCAAGAAAGUGGGCUCUGCUGCUCGCCUGCAGGCACAUGAAGCCGCCCAUGCUGCUGCGGGUCCUGGAGAGGUCUUAGCCAAGGAGCCUCCUGCUCCCCGGGCCUCGAGAGCCACUCGCACACCAGUCGCCCCCUCCCCGACAGCCCUCAGUGGUACAACCUCUGCUGCCCCUGCAGCCCCUGCCCGGCGUCGGGGUCCGGAGUGCAGUGAGUGCAAGAAGCUCUUCAGCACAGAGACGUCACUACAGGUCCAUCGGCGCAUCCACACAGGUGAGCGGCCAUACCCCUGUCCAGACUGUGGCAAGGCCUUCCGCCAGAGUACCCAUCUGAAAGACCACAGACGCCUACACACAGGCGAGCGGCCCUUUGCGUGUGAAGUGUGUGGCAAGGCCUUUGCCAUCUCCAUGCGUCUGGCAGAACAUCGCCGCAUCCACACGGGUGAGCGACCCUACUCCUGUCCUGACUGUGGCAAGAGCUACCGUUCCUUCUCCAAUCUCUGGAAGCACCGCAAGACCCACCAGCAGCAACACCAGGCGGCCGUCCGACAGCAGCUGGCAGAGGCGGAGGCUGCUGUGGGCCUGGCUGUGAUGGAAACUGCAGUGGAGGCUCUGCCCCUUGUGGAGGCCAUUGAGAUCUACCCUCUAGCUGAAGCUGAUGGGGUCCAGAUCAGUGGCUGACUGGCCCCACUGGUGCUGAAGGCCCUCCACCAACCCCUUUAAACCCGUGUACAUAGUGUACCCCUCUCCUCUCCACCACCUUAUGAGUUCUGUAACUAAUUUUAACUAAUUUUUUUUUGAGGGGGUUGCUCUGGAGUCCUUGAUAUGUAAAGGGCACUUCCCACUUUCCACCUGUUUGGUGGUCUCCAAAUGAAGCAGUCAAUAAAGACUGAAUUGGACAUUUAUGCUUUUUGUCAGGCCUAGCUAUAUAACAUGAUUCGGAGGAUCAUGAGGCCAGGCUGCAAUAGAGCUGACUUCUGGCUGCAUUCCUAGCACCCCAGAUAGAACUUGGCAGGUAGUCCAGUUUGCUGGAUUGAGAAGAAGGCAGCCUGAGUCUGGGGCAUGGAUCUUUGAAACCAGCCUCUUGUGGCAGAUGAAGGUAAUGUGUCUUGCCACUAGAGGUCCCCAAAGCCUGAGGAAAAUCUUGAAGCACUCUGUGGCUUUGGGGCAGGGGUGGGGCGUGCAAACACAUAGAGAAACAUUGGUGCACUUCUCAGCCUGGCCAUCCCAUUUCCAGCCUGAUGUGGGUCACAUCUGCGAGGCCAUCCAUCUGUAUUUCUCACACUGGAUCCCUGAGGACAGACUUGUACCAGGCGUAAUGGGGAACAGUGGCGGAGGGGAACUCCUGGGGACUCUACCUAGUAGCUGAAUUUGAAGUUCUAAAUAUUGGGGGCUGGAGUAGGAAGUGACUUGUCGUGUGUCCCCCAUGCCCCCAACCCCAAGCUGUAUCUCGGCCAAUAGGAAGAAAGUGAUGGAUUGGCUGGUCAGUAUCUUCUAGUAUAUUUUGAGUAUUUCAUCGCCACCCCACCUAUACACACCCUAAGAACUGCAUAUUUGCUUGGAUCUCUCACAUGCUGAGCAAGCUCAGGACCACAAAGCUGUGUCCCGAUAUCUAAUUUUGAGGUCAGGUUUGCUGAUUGUCCAGGCCUCAGACUCACUAUAUCCUAAGCAGGCUUUGAGCUUGUUGGUCCUCCUGCCACAGCCCCUUGAGUAGUUAGGAUGACAGGCCUGUGCCCUUGAGUUAUUUUGAGUAACAUUGGAACUUAACCCUACAGAGGAGGCCUCUGGCAUGUGACUCGGUGAUGGUCAGUUCAACCCAAGGCAGAGCUUAAAUUCAAAUCUGGUCUCCUUUGAUUUAAGCAUCCAUAUUCCAUGCUGACUGUCCCAUGGUCUUUCCCAACAAGAAAAUGGAAAUG